AUGUUCAGCGGGGCGUGGCGCGCUUCUUCUCCCAGCCCUGUUCUAUGGCAGGCGGCAGCAGCCUGCUUCCUCAUUUUUAAAGUUGGUAUUUUCUGCCUCUCAGAAGUGGGGGCAGGGGCACAGCUACCCUGAUACCUUCCAGCUGUGCCGGCAGCCGUGUUAAGUGCUAGGCAAGCCGCCCCCCACCGCAUUAUCAAGACAAGGCGCGUUUUGCCCCAGCCCUUGGCGUAGUGCUGGCGCUGCAGCAGGGAGCGCGUUGCUGCUCUCGGGGCGGGCGCGUGUCCCCGGCGGCUCGCCGUGCAGCAGGGGGCGGGCCGGGGGCAGGCUGCCAUGGGAGAGAGCAUGUCCAAGCGACUGAAGCUGCAGCUGGGGGGCGAGGCGGAGAUGGAGGAGCGGGCGUUCAGCAACCCCUACCCGGACUACCAGCUCCACGGAGCCGCCGCCACCGCCUCCUCGAGCCCAAGCGAGGCCGCGGAGACCCAGCGGGACCCGGCGCCCUCCCCAGUCGGGGAAGAGCCUGAGUCCCUCCCCUUCGGCCCGGACGGGAAGAUCAGUUCUCAGUUCACAAGACGGAUCCAGAGUAAAAUCAGAGACCUGCUGCAGCAAAUGGAAGAGGGGCUAAAGACAGCGGAUCCACAUGACUGCUCUGCAUAUACUGGCUGGACAGGCAUAGCCCUUUUAUACCUACAACUAUACCGCGUCACAAAAGACCAGAAGUACUUGCAGCGAUCCCUGGAUUAUGUGAAGAGAAUACUUCGUAAUCUGAAUGGACGAAGGGUUACUUUUCUCUGUGGUGAUGCUGGACCCUUGGCAGUAGGGGCAGUAGUGUACCACAAACUAAAGAUUGACAGUGAGUCGAAGGAGUGCAUCACAAAGCUUUUGCAGCUCCAGAGAACGAUCAUAAGCACAGACUCUGAACUUCCAGAUGAGCUUCUUUAUGGCAGAGCAGGUUACCUCUAUGCUUUGCUCUAUUUGAAUACAGAAAUUGGUCCAGACACUGUACCUCAGUCUGUUAUCAAAGAGGUGGUAGAUGCCAUUAUUGAAUCUGGUAAAAACUUCUCAAAGGAGGAACGCAAGACUGAACGCUGUCCCCUGUUGUACCAAUGGCACAGGAAGCAGUACAUUGGAGCAGCCCACGGCGUGGCUGGGAUCUAUUACAUGCUAAUGCAGCCAGUUUCAAAUGUGGAUCAGGAGACCCUGACGGAGCUGGUGAAACCGAGCAUUGACUAUGUACGUCAUAAAAAAUUCAGAUCUGGGAACUAUCCAUCAUCAUUAAGCAAUGAAACGGAUAGACUAGUCCACUGGUGCCAUGGUGCCCCAGGAGUCAUCCACAUGCUAAUGCAAGCUUAUAAGAGCUUUAAAGAGGAUAAAUAUUUGAAGGAUGCCAUGGACUGCAGUGAUGUCAUCUGGCAGAGAGGUUUGCUGAGGAAAGGGUAUGGAAUCUGCCAUGGGACUGCUGGCAACGGCUACUCCUUCUUAUCUCUCUAUCACCUAACUGAGGACAAAAAGUAUCUCUACCGGGCUUGCAAGUUUGCAGAGUGGUGUUUAGAGUAUGGUGCACAUGGAUGUCGUAUUCCUGACCGACCUUACUCUCUGUUUGAAGGCAUGGCGGGAGCUAUUCAUUUCCUAUCGGACAUAUUGGUACCAGAGACUUCCCAGUUUCCAGCAUUUGAACUUGGACCUCAAAGGAGAGAAAACAAAGUGGAACAGGACAGCUAAGAGAUCUGUUGCAAUGGAAACUCAAUGUCAAGAGUGACAAGACUGUCUAGUGCCUCUGAUACUGAACCAACUUUAAAGCCUAAACAAGUGACAAGGAAAUCCCUCUUCACACCUCUUUCUCCAAAGGACCACAAGUCAUUAAAGCAUGAAUCAGAAGCCA